AUGCUGUCGUUCGGAAGCGGAGACUCAGCGCAAGUGGCAAUUGUGACAGGUGCCGGUCGUGGAUUAGGUCAAGCGUGGGUGCAGGCGUUAGCGGCACGCGGGGUUCGUGUUGUAGUAAAUGACAACGACAUUGACCAUUCACUUGUGGACGACGUUGUCCAGAACAUCCGUAAACGAGGUGGUGUGGCUGUGGGUGAUUACAAUAGCACGACAAAUGGUGUGGAAAUCGUCAAGACUGCAAUCGACCACUUCAAAAGAGUCGAUAUCUUGAUCAAUAAUGCUACAGUUAUUCGUGAUGGAUCCUUCCGCAAGAUGACACCAAAAGACUGGGACGACGUGUAUCGUUCAAGUUUGCUGGGCACGUUCAGUGUCACGCAAGCGGUGUGGCCUAUCAUGCGAGACCAAAAGUACGGCAGGAUUCUUAAUUGCGUGUCUGGUGCCGGGUUUUAUGGCAACUUUGGGCAGGUCAACUAUGCGGCGAUGAAGAUGGGGCUCGUUGGAUUCACUGUGGCGCUCAACCGAGAGGGUCUCAAGUACAAUAUUGCUGUAAAUGCAGUGUCUCCUGUGGCUGGCACCCGACUGACGCAGCCAGUUUGGCCCGACGACGUCUAUGCCAAGCUGACGCCGGAAUUGACGUCGCCAAUCAUUGUGUAUCUAUGUCACUCAUCAUGCAAGGACAACGGUCAGCUGCUUGAGCUGGGAGGUGGAUGGGUCGGAGCUCUGCGUCUACAGCGCACCCAUGGUGUCGGCUUUCCCACCGAUCCCACUCAGUUUACGCCUGAGCUCGUGGCAGAGCAAUGGCGAGAUGUAAUGGAUUUUAGUCGCGUGACCCAUCCCACGUCCACGCAAGACUCGUUUGAACCAAUGAUGCGCAACGUGACGGCACCACCGACGUCUCUGACUACUUCUCGCUCUAGUGAGUGUGCCGAAGUGUUUGACCGACUGCGGACGACACUGCAGGAGAAAGGUCCUGCGCUUAGCAAGCAGAUUUCAGGUGUGCUCGAAUGGCACAUUAACAAGGAGGUAUGGACGAUAUCAUUGCUUCAUGGCAAGGGCACGUUGUUAGAAGGGAGACACCCGCGUCUGGCACCGGACCUGCAGAUCCACAUGGACGAGCAGGACUUUUUGGAUUUGGCAGCGGGCCGACUGCGGAUGCAGCAAGCAUUGAUUCGAAAGAAAUUGCGCUUACAGGGCAACUUGAAGAUGGCCAUGAAGCUGCAGCCAUUUGCGGAUCUCCUGUUGCAACAACAUCAGGCGCGGCUGUGA